AUGGAGGUGCACACCCGGUCGGUUUCAGCUUUUGCAUGGUGGCUUGGCUUUCUGCUUCACACUCUCGCCGGCCUUGGUGUCCUCGGCGCGGCACAGGUCGAUUGGCGCCUAGGCUUCGCGCUGCUGCUGGCCUACUUCAUCGUUACUGUGGGGUUUGCAGUGAACGUGGACCAGGAACCCAGGCUUGCAAAAGGCCGCAGUGCCGCUUGGGUGUUGGUCUGCGGCCAAGUGCUGUUUCUCGGUUCCUGGCUCGCGGCUGGUGGGGAGGUCCUCGAGGCGGCGGAGGAUGCUGAGGCGCUUCCAGACACGAGCCAUGUGGUCUUCGGCGGGCAACUUUACUUUUCGUCUUCAGACCUGCAUGGCAGGAUCCUGAUGCAAAGCAAUGGAACCUCGGUGGCUCCUGUGCCUCCAGGUGUCCGUGAUGCCCAUGGUUUCCGCGAGCUGGACGGACGCCUGAUGUUCUUUGGCGCCGCAGACGGAAGCUUGGACAGUGGGGAGAGCGUUUGGGCAAUCUCUGCCAGUGAUGCCGAUGCAGAGCUGCUCCGAGGGCCCUUCCACGAGACCCUCCGAUGGACCGCGGCCGAGGACCUGGCCUUCAAGGCUGCUGGCACAUGCGGUCCCUUCCGCAGAGAGACGCUCUACUCCAACCUCAGCCUCAUCGGCCCAGGCAAGGACCUUCCGCCGGACUGUGGUGACCUCGCGGCAGGGCUGGAGAUGCGGCCCAGCACCUCACGGCUCCUGGGUGUGCUUUUCUUGGGAGUGCUCCCACAGACAGGCCUCGGGGCUUAUCUCCUGAUCCGAAAACAAGUGCCUGGUGCAUUUGUGAGCGUCUUUGUGGGCGCCUAUGCCACUGUGCUGCUGAUCCACCUGCUGAUGCAGGGUCCCCUGGUGAACCUGUUGUUCUUCCUCAAGGCUUCGUCUCUGACCUACACGGCCAGCUCCUGCCUGGCUGUGGCCGCGAAUCAGGUGGCCUGGCACCGUCCGCCGAGUCCCUCGGGCCCAAAGGGCGGCUUCGUCGUGGCUCUGGGCGAUUGGGCCUCGGGCGUUUCGGCUCUGGGCCUGGCCGUCGCCCUGGCACUCGCGCUUCCCGAGCUGCCUGCGGCUGCGGCUGCCUGUGUCUUUCUGGUCCUGGCGCCUUUCCUCAGGAAUGCGAUUUCAGCCCAGUUAGCCGUCGUGGGAUUUUUGGUGCUCUGUUCCAAGGCCGGUGCCGCCUGGGAUGGCCCCUGGGGCCGAGGCCUCCCUGACUUUCACUUGCCGUUGGUCUUCUACCUUCUGAGCGUCUUGGUGCUACUUGGAGAGGAAGCGUAUGCAUCACAGCGGCCGAGUCUGGAGGCGUGGCUGCGGUUGGCUCCCAAAGCCCCGAGACUGGAUCCGCCGGAGUCCAGCGCCGAAGCGGCCGAAGCCGAUUCGGGCACGGCUGAGGAGCCUGUGCUGGAGCCGGAAGAAGACCAGCGCCAGACAUGGCUACUCCUGCAGGCAAUGCCCAUGCAGCAAUUGCUUCUGCUUCAACGGACGCCGGGUGCCAAGGUUUUUCUUGAAGCAACUUGCGUGAGGUCUUGCAGCUCGAGAAAGAAUGAAAGAUGA